AAAUAACUCAAAUUGAAGGGCUAAAUACACUGACAAAACUAUGCACUUUAAAUUUGUCCUGCAAUAUGAUCACAAGAAUAGAAGGACUUGAAACACUAAUUAAUCUGACUAGAUUGAAUUUAUCUUAUAACCACAUCAAUGAUCUUAGUGGUUUGAUCCCCCUUCAUGGAAUUAAACAUAAACUCAGAUAUAUUGACUUACAUAGUAAUUGUAUAGAUAGUAUCCAUCACUUACUUCAGUGUAUGGUAGGAUUGCACUUCUUGACUAAUCUCAUUUUGGAGACAAAUGGAGAAGAUAACCCUGUCUGUCGUGUACCAGGGUACAGAGCAAUUCUGCUCCAGACGUUGCCACAGCUUAGAAUCCUAGAUUGCAAGAACAUAUUUGGUGAGCCAGUAAAUUUAUCAAAAAUAAAUUCAUCACGCCUACAGUGCUUAGAAGGUCUUUUGGAUAACUUAUUUUCUUCAGAUUCUCCGCUAAAUAUAAGUGAAGAUGAGAUAAUUGAUAGUAUGCCAGUGGUAACACCACCCAUCGAUGAGAUAGUUCCCUUGGAUCAGUUUGCAUCACCAACAGAUACUGGUUUGACAUCCUUUAUAUCUGUAUGUCCAUCUUCUGAGCCGGAGAAAGUUAAUCAUGAAAACAAUUUUAAUAAUGACAUGAAACUUCAGAAAAUAGAUGAUCAAAUUUUACAGCUUCUCAAUGACACUUCCGAUUCUUUAAUAAGUAAUGUGCCCGAGAAAGAUCUCAGACCAAAAAGAGAUACGGAUAUGACUUCUGAAAGCGAAUAUGGAAACAGAAAAGAAUGUAAUAGGAGAAUUCCUCGAAGAUCAAAAAUCCCAUACUAUUCCAAAACUAUUCAGACUAUUAAGCACCACAACAAAAACAACCCUUUUAUGAGUUGUAAUCGUAAAAUGAAACAACCUUUCUUUAAAGACUUAUAUGUAAGAUCAUCUUUAGCAAACUGUAAUACAUUAGAAGAAUCAGAAGAACAGAAAAAGGAGCUCAUUAAAGUAGACAAUAGUAGCUCAGAAGACACCACUUACCGGACACUCCUUCAACAACUAGACCAAGAGAGAGAGAAGAGGUGGAAAGCUGAACAAGCUGAAAGGAAACUUAGGAAUUAUAUUGAUGAACUGCACAAACAUGCAAAGGAGAAAAAAGGUUUUCAUACCCUGGCUAUGCUCACCACAGAUAGGUUAAAGGAAAUUAUAUAUAAAGAGAGAAAUUCCAAAGCACAACUCGAAGUUAUGGUUCACAAACUUCAAAACGAAGUAAAAAAUCUAAGUAUUGAAUUAAUCAAAGCAAGAGAUCAACAAGAGUAUCACAUUAGACACUUAAGAACCCUGGAAAAAGCAUUAGAAAAAAUGGAGAGGCAGAAGGGACAACAGCAAGCAGCACAGAUACGACUUAUCCAAGAGAUGGAGCUCAAAGCUGCUGCUGCUGAUAGAGAAAUAAACUUACUUAGAACUUCUCUUCAUCAAGAAAAGGAACAAGUACAACAACUUCAUGAAGUUCUUACAUUGAAAGAACAAGAACACAGGAAAGAACUUGAAACAAGGGAGUUUCUCAGUGAUGCUGAGUUCCAAGAAGCCUUAGCUAAAGAAGUAGCUAAAGAAGAAAGAAAGCAUGAACAAGAUAUAAAAGAGUACCAAGAAAAAAUUGACACAUUAAACCAACAGUAUAUGGAUUUAGAAAAUGAAUUCCGUAUUGCUUUAACUGUUGAAGCCAGAAGAUUUAAAGAUGUUAAAGAUGGUUUUGAAAAUGUUGCAACUGAGUUAGCAAAGAGCAAGCAUGCUCUUGUUUGGGCUCAACGAAAAGAAAAUGAAUCUUCCUCUUUAAUUAAAGAUUUGACCUGUAUGGUGAAGGAGCAAAAAACAAAACUUGCAGAAGUUUCGAAAUUGAAACAGGAAACAGCAGCAAAUUUACAGAAUCAAAUCAACACCCUUGAAAUCUUGAUUGAAGAUGACAAGCAGAAGAGUAUUCAAAUAGAACUUCUCAAGCAUGAAAAAGUCCAGCUCAUUUCUGAGCUAGCCGCCAAGGAAUCACUAAUUUAUGGUUUAAGGACAGAAAGAAAAGUAUGGGGGCAUGAGCUGGCACAACAAGGAUCGUCUCUAGCCUUAAAUCGUGGCAAAUUAGAGGCUCAAAAUGAAAGUUUAUGUAGAGAGAAUGAGUCUCUGAGAAAGGCAAAUGAACGUGAUAAUGAUGCGUUAAGAAUUAAGUGCAAAAUCAUAGAAGACCAAACUGAAACCAUUGGAAAAUUAAAAGUUUGUGUACAAGAAAAAGAAGAACAAAUCAAAGUAUUACAAGAAAAGAUCAUUGAAAUACAAAAAUGUACCCAAGAACAACUUGAUGAAAAAUCUUUACAACUGGAUGACGUAAUUGAAAAACUGGAAAGACACAAUGAAAGAAAAGAAAAACUAAAACAGCAGUUGAAAAUAAAGGAAUUAGAACUUGAAGAAAUUAGAAAAGCUUAUAGUACACUUAAUCAGAAGUGGCAUGAUAAAGGAGAGCUUCUAAGUCAUCUGGAAAUGCAAGUAAAAGAAGUAAAAGAAAAAUUUGAAGACAAGGAAAAGAAACUUAAAGCGGAAAGAGACAAAAGUAUUGAACUACAAAAGGAUGCGGUGGAAAAGCUUCAUAGUAUGGAUGAUGCCUUUAAAAAACAAGUUGAUGCAAUUGUUGAAGCUCAUCAAGCUGAAAUAAUACAACUAGCAAGUGAAAAGCAGAAAUACAUUGAUUCUGCAAAUUUCAAGGUUCAUCUGGUUGAAGAAGAAAUGCGUGAACUUCUGCAAGAAACAUGCAAGAACAAAAAAGCAAUGGAAGAAAAAAUUAAGCAACUUGCUUUUGCUCUAACUGAAAUUCAGCGAGAAAUGUGA